AUGGCGAGCCGCCCCCAGCGUUCCUACUCCCCUACAACUCCGCGAGCCACCACGCGUCAUUCACUCGUGGAGCUUCGCGAUCUCUAUCAUCCUCCGCACAGGAGCGGCGAAGAGCAGCAGCAGCAGCAGCAGCAGCAGCAGCAGCAGCCGUGCAUGGACGAAUUCGUCACCGUGACCCAUCGGGUGGACUCUUACGCGUCGGACACGCUCGCAUCGCUCGCGUCGUUUGCGUCGUUUGCGCCGACUCGUCCGCCCGUGCUUUCUGGCUGCUCUGCGCAACCUCCCCGCGCAACAUCCGCCUGCGCGUCCGCUCCUCGCGGCGGAUGUUCCGCCUCCGUUCCCCGCGGGGACGCGCUGACGAAUGCCCACCGCCGUGCGCUUUCCGCCGGUUCUGACGCUUGCGGAACGCGCCUCUUGCUCCCCUCGCCUCCCCGCGGGGCCAAACCCGCCGCCUGCGCGUUCCGCCGCCGCCGCCACCAACUCGCGCUUUCCAAGAAACCCCCUUUUGAAGCCAACGCAGCCGCUGCUGCCACAGUCUUCCAAAAUCGGGCAGAAACAACAAGAAGUCUCUUCUUACAACCUGCGAGCUUCCCUGCAGACGAGAGCACGAGGAAGCAGCGUGCAGACGGUAUCGAUGAUACCACGACGUCGGCUCGAGCCUUUGCGAGGAGUAAAGCGUAUUCCACUCCGGCAAUUGUUAUGGUCCGAUACACACUGGCGCCUCAAGCAGAGCGGGACUCGCUGGUGGUAGCACCUCACGAGGCAGCGGCAGCACAGAGAGCAGCACAGGCUGCAGUUAAUGCCAGUGCAGCACUCCACCCACCAGCAGCACUCCACCCACCAGCAGCACUCCACCCACCAGCAGCACUCCACCCACCAGCAGCAGUGCACCCACCAGCAGGCAGGCCGAGGCUGAGGCUGGGAGGUACCAAUCAGUUCGAGCCAAGCCAUGCCUCACUGCCCCCACCAGUACCCGUAGGUGCAGCUCUGAAGCGGGCUCACCUAGUAACAGAAGCCCCAAGCGUGUGA